CGUUUGUUUUUGUUUUUUUUUUUUUGGUAAAGAUAUUCCCGGUUAGUGCUCGACUGCGCCCAAAUGAACUCUUUCCAGAGUUGUCCCGUCGCUCGCUCGCCGCUUCGUCCCUCCCCUAUCCCUUCCAUGGCGUCGAUCGGCGCAGCGAGUCCAAAACUCUUCCACUGCCAACGCCACAAGGAAAUGGCCCGCUGCCGGAAUCCCCCUGCAUGGAACUGUGCCGCUCGCUUCCUCCUCCGCUGCGGCCGGCCGCCCGCCCGUUGCCUCCUCGUUCGUACCAGCAGAGACGACGGCGCUGCUGAAGCCAACCCAAGGGACCCCGCCUUGCCUCCCGAUGUUGAGAUGUUCAAUAGCAGUGUUAAUGCUAAGGAUAGCUAUGUUGGUCUCUUUGUUCGGAUGCUUGGUCUAGACAAUGAUCCACUUGACAGGGAGCAGGCAGUAAUCACACUUUGGAAAUAUUCCGAAGGAGGGAAAAAUUGUAUAGAAGCGAUUAUGCAAUUUCCUGGCUGCAUUAAUCUUGUUGUAAGCCUUCUAAAGUCGGAAUCCUGUUCUACAUGUGAAGCAGCUGCAGGUCUCUUACGGACUGUUUCUUCAAUUAACUUAUACAGAGAUAUUGUUGCUGAAAGUGGUGCAAUUGAAGAAAUAUUCAGGCUUCUUUGCCAAUCCUUUUUGGCGCCAGAGGUGAAGGAGCAAAGUUUAUGUACCUUAUGGAACUUAUCUAUUGACGAGAAACUUAGGGUAAGAAUUGCAAAUAAUGACUUCUUACCAAUGGUUGUUAAAUUCCUUGAUGAUGAGGAAAUAAAGGUGAAGGAGGCAGCAGGUGGAAUUCUGGCAAAUUUGGCUUUAAGUCCUUGUAAUCACAGCAUUAUGGUAGAAGCUGGUGUGAUUCCCAAGCUGGCUGAUCUUUUUAAAAGCAAUAAUGAAGGCUACAAAAUCAUUCGAAAGGAAGCAAAAACUACAUUAUUGGAACUUUCUAAAGAUGGAUACUACAGAAUUCUUGUUAUCGAGGAGGGUCUGAUCCGGGUUCCUGUAGUUGGUGCUGCUGCUUAUAAGUCAUUCAGACCUCAAACUUAUUCAUGGCCCUCUUUACCUGAUGGCACAGAAAUUCAGCGGAAUUCGCGUCCUUCAAGAUAUGGUGCUUCUGAACUACUUCUUGGAUUGAAUAUUCGUGAGAAGAACUUCAAUCUGGAAAACAUGAAGGUACAUGCCAUGGUUGGACGUUCACAGCAGCAGUUUCUUGCACGAAUAGGAGCUAUUGAGAUGGAAGAUGAAAGAAAUUCUCAGUCAGAAUCUUCGCUGAAUCAACAAUAUACUCUCUUGCCAUGGAUGGAUGGUGUUGCUCGACUAGUUCUGAUUAUUGUGCUUGAAGAUGUGUCAGCAAUUACAAGGGCUGCUUAUUCAAUUGCUGACGUAUCCAUCAAUGAGCGCAUGAGACUCUCAUUCAAGGAAGCAGGAGCUGUAAGACAUUUGGUAAAGCUACUACAACAUGAUAAUGAGGCUACUAGAGAUGCUGCAGUUCAUGCACUAGACAGACUUAGUGUCAGCUAUGUGGUUUGCCAGACUAUUGAAGCGGAAGGUGGAUCAGAUCUCCUGAUUAACAUACUCAAGGACUCAAACACAUCAAGCAGCCUGUUAGAAAUGACUGUGAAUAUACUUUGUCGAAUUUUUGAUCCAGUCAAUGAUGUGAAAACAAAAUUCCAAGACAAAUUUGUCGAUGAGUCAGAGAAAGUACUGAUUGGUACAAGCAGUUCACAGGAUUUUGAUGGAUUAUCAAUUUCAAAAACCUCUUCGGUAUCUGAAGGGACGACAAGGGAGAAAAUAAUAGACUCUGAUGUAAUAGUGUGCCUCAUUGAUAUCUUGAGGACAUCCUCUCCAAAUUUGCAAAUAAAGGUUGCUUCUAUUCUUGAGUUUGUAGCAGCUUUUGAACAACAUGUGGCCACUAUCACUGCAGCUGGCAUUAAUUCUGCGCUUGAUGUCGUUUUUCAAAAGGGAUCUUUGGAUGGCAUGGAUGGUGAUGACGACAAUGCACUCGAGUGGAAUGCUAUUGAAGCUGAAGAAAUUGGCCUUGCAGUAGCUGCAGCAUCCAGAUUGCUAGCAAAGUUGCUGAAUUUUGAGCAAUUCUGUCACAGUAUAGAUGCUAUGCAUUUUGUACAUUUACUUCGGAAGAUCCUGAAGUGCAAUAUUCCUCUUCACACAAAGGACUGGGUUGCUGCAUGUCUUAUAAAGCUAGAAUCAAAAUUUGGUUUGGCCAGUAAUCUAGGGCAUUCUAUUGACAUGGAAGUUACGCUGUAUGAGAUGAUUCCACGACUUGUUGAACAAAUGAGGACAUCAUUUGCCGAUGAAUCUCGAGAGGCAGCAGUCAUAGAACUGAACAAGAUAAUCUCUGAAGGAGUGAUGGAGUGCACGAGGGCAGUUGCUGCUGCAGGAGGUAUAUUUCCAUUAGUGGAACUAAUCAAAGAUGGACGAGGUGAUGCACUUGAAGCUAGCUUGGCCAUCCUACAUAACCUAAGCAUGCAUACUGAGAAUCAUGCAGCAAUAAUUGCUGCUGGAGCAGUACCAAUUUUGAAAAGGAUAGUUCUCUCAGAAGGGCCACAAUGGAAGCGUGCACUUCGUCUGCUGAGAACGUUACCAACAUGACCUGUAAUCCUGGCAGUUCCUUCUGCAAACAUCCUAUAUGCUCCUAUGUACAUUCUGGGCUGACUCCAAUCACAUCUAGAAUGAAGGUUUCUGGACAUGACCACAGACAGGCCAUGAACCAAAAAUUGAUGUAGAAGAGUUUGGAUAGCCUCUGAGUCAUUGAAAAUUUCUUGAACCAUCAGGAUUUUUCAGUGGCAGCUUUUUUAUAUGAUCAGUUUCCAAACAAUCUAGUUUUUCAUAUUUACUUAUUCAUAAAAUUCAAAUGGUGUUGUUGGCUGUUU